AUGUCCACUGAUAGUCAAGUUAUUGAUGUUGCUGAUGGUAGAAAGAAAUUAUAUGGAAUUUUAUUAAUUUGUGCAAUAAAUCUUAGUCAUAAAUCAGUAUUUAAACAAAUAAUUAAAUUAGUUGAAGAAAUACAAACAUCAAAAGCAUCUAUACAAGUAUUAGCUGAUAAAACUUUCAUGAAAGGUGGUGAAUCAUCAGAAUGUGCUAUUCCAGAUUAUAAUUUUAGUGUCCAAGAAAAUGUCAUUGAAUUUUUAAUAGAUAAAAAUAUUAUAUCAAAUGAUAAUGUAUUUUUAAAUGAUAAAAUUUAUUCCAUUUUAAUUGGAAAUUGA